AUGGUGAAUAAAACGAUCCUCCUAGCCCUCAUGGGCAUUGGCGCCAGUCUUGUUGCUGCCACGGACCAAACCGUCACUGUGACAACCACGAAGACGGAGACUGUCACCGCAUGUGCCUCGUCGUGUUAUUCAACCGUGACCAGCUGUACCUCGACUACCUCCUUGACUCUGUCUACUUCGUCCACAACGGAGACGGAGACGGUGUCUAAGUCUACUUCCACUGGUACAUCUACCACUGGCUCUGUUUCGUCCGGCUCAAGCUCUUCUCAAUCUACGUAUUCCAUACCAUCGGUGGUUUCAAGCACAUACAGCACCACCACAACUACUGGUACAAUCACCACGGGAACCGUGAAGAGCAGCACUUCGUCUUCCACCACUACCGGAGCUUCCAAUACCACCACCGACUCAAGCCAACUCCCUGGAACCACCACAUCAAACUGCUCUCAAGGAUACAACUGCGGAUCGCUCACUGCCAGAGGAAGCACGGAUUCGGCUGUUCUCUCUAGUACUUCAAUCACCCCGUCUACGUCAUCUUCUUCUCUGCACUCCUCCACCUCGCUUUCGACUUCAACUUCCAGCCGAGAGACUACUUUCAAAUUUCCCUCUACGACGCAGGCUCGCGAGACGCCUUCAUCAUUUGAUAGCACUACGGUGACGACAUCUGGGAGUUCUACAGUGACCAACUCUGAGAGCACAACAGGGACAGCUUCUGAUAGCACGACUCUGACGACGCUCAAGUCGACUAUUACGCAGACUGUGACUGUUCCAGGAAACUCACACUCUGAAAGUUACAGUCACACUCCAUCAGACACUACCAAGUCUACGACUGAGACUUCCUCGCAAACCAUAUACUCUACCGUGUCUGAGUCUACCGGGAAGUCCUCCACUGUAUCUUCCACGGAAUCUAAGUCUGCAACUACCUCUACUACCACAGGCCAAUCAUCUUCGGGAACAUCCUCUAGUCCCAGUGGUCAAUCUUCCACUGCUUCAUCAACAGCAUCUACAUCUAAGACCUCUUCUACAAGCACCGGUAUAAUAUCCCCCAAAACGUCCACGACUUCAGGAAGUGAAUCUUCUACCGCCUCGUCAACAGAGUCUACAACUAGGUCUUCUUCCGCCUCCACCAGUGGAUCAUCUUCAGAAACAUCUACAGGUUCUACCAGUCAACCAUCUACCUCAAGUAUCUCAACCAGAUACACAACCACACCAUCAGGAACCUUAUUAUCCUCUUCCACCUCCUCUACCUCCUCAUCUGUAUCUUCAUCUGUAUCCUCCUCCUCCUCUUCUUCCUCCUCCUCGUCGUCUUCCGUAGGAUCCACCGACUCAUCAGCUUCACCCGCCACAACCACCCACACCACCCACUCCUCCACAUACACUUCCUGCACCGAAUCUUCCACAAGCCCAUCCCACAUCUACACUCUACCCAACGCAACAACAACAGCAACACCCACCGGAACAGGAUAUUCUUCCCACUCUACAUCUCUCAGCACCAGCACCACUUCAUACAUCCUUCCUCCAUCAAGCAACUCCAUCGACUCUUCCGCCCUAGCGGAAACCACUUCAAAAGCAUCAACCACCUCACACUACUCCGUCCCAGCCAGCUCAACAUCCACCACGUCUUAUUUCUCAUCUUCAAAUUCAAGCACCAUCUCAUACGCAUCCACCGCCGACGCAGUCACGCAGCCCUCAGCCACGUCCACCACUUUCCACACAACAACCACGACCAAAUCAUCUUCCAGCAGCGCGACAUCUUCAACUGCAUCGAUUUCGUCGACUGGAUACCCUGUUCCGCCUACGUAUGGGCCUCCGUCUUAUGAUAUUCCGUCGUAUGAGCUCCCGCCGUCUUAUGGAUUCAGGGGACGAAGAAUUUGGUGA